CCAAUGACUCCCAUCCCCACAAAAACUCUUAAGCUCCCGUAGUUAAAUCUGCGAGCCAUUAGUUAAAGAAAAAAAAACCCUAAAAAGUUUAAGAUGGGUUCCAAAACUCGCUCUUUCCUUGCUCUUUUCCUCACGAUCAACAUUCUCUUCUUUGCCCUUGCCUCUGCCUGCGGGACAUGCCCUAGCCCUAAGCCAAGGCAUAAUAAGCACAAGCCUGUUAAGCCAAGUCCUUCAGGUGGCUCAGGUGGUUCGGGUGGUUCAGGAGGCUCUGGUGGUUCAGGUGGCUCUGGUGGUUCGGGUGGUUCAGGUGGCUCGGGUGGUUCAGGUGGCUCGGGUGGUUCAGGUGGCUCGGGUGGUUCAGGUGGCUCAAGUACCUCUUGCCCUCGUGACGCACUCAAACUAGGAGUGUGUGCCAAUGUGCUAAACGGGUUGUUGAACGUGACUUUAGGUCAACCACCAGUUACCCCUUGUUGCUCCCUCCUCAAUGGUCUUGUUGAUCUUGAAGCUGCAGUGUGCCUUUGCACUGCCCUUAGGGCAAACAUUUUGGGCAUCAACCUCAACCUUCCAAUCUCACUCAGCUUGCUUCUCAAUGUUUGCUCAAGGCAAGUCCCACGUGAUUUCCAAUGUGCUUAAUCAUCAUGGUCUAUGAUAUGCACAAGUUGCUUCGUGCUUAUUCGUAGUUGUGGCUUUCCGUUAAUGUCUUUUAUUUUCCAAAUUUCAUUGCUCAUGGUGCGAUUCCUAUACGUGCAUGGAUGGUUAACUUCUCGUUAUUCUGUCGCUUUAAUUAGUAUUUGUUUUAUUUAGCAAAGUGUCGAAUUAAAUAAACUCCCGAUGUUUUUCUUAUGUAAAAGCAAAAGGAAUCAAAGAUGAUAGUGUUAUUUAUUUGACAGAUAAAUGAUUAAUGUUACGAACACUUAUUAAUUUUUA